AAUCCCAUCUCAUACACUCCCUUACAUUUUGUCAUUUACACUCCCUCUCUAGAGAGUCUCCUCGUUUCCUGAAACCCAUCUCAAAAUUUAAUAUUAAACCCAUCCGAAUUCCUUCCUUACAUUUCACCUUAGAGUUUAUUGCUUUUGAAUUGAAACAAAACAACACAAAAGAGCUUUGCUAAUUGUCUUUAUAUUCCAUUAAACAAAUUGAGUCUUCUCGUAUUUCUGUUUCAGAUUGUUGUAAUUUUCCAUUUCACAAAAAAAAAAAACAAAAAACCAAAACCACACAAAAGAGCUUUGCUAAUUGUCUUUCAGAUUUGUGUCUUCAACCUCUUCCAUUUCAUGCAUCAAAAAGAAAAAAAAAAUUAAAAACAAAAAAUUAUAGUUAUGUCUUAAUAUGCCUUUUAGAUUGUUGACUUCAGCUUAAUUUGGUACUCAUUCUUUUAAUUUCAAAGCUUGGAGUUUCUUGAACAAGUCCUUAAAGUUUGUGCUUUCAGAAUUCAUUUUGCAUCAGUUCUGUAGAACGCACCAACAACACUCAACAGCACCAGUUGUUCGGUUGAUUCACAGUACAGACUGACUCAAUCAGAAGGAAGAAAAGAAAAGAGAAACAAUGGAAAUUUUAUCUUCUGUUGUUGGAAAAGUAGCAGAUUAUACUGUUGUUUCUGUUGGACGUCAAGCAAGUUACUUGAUAUUCUACAAAGCCAAUUUCAAGAUGUUAGCAGUUCACGUUAAAGACCUUGAGGUCGCAAGGGAAAGAAUAAUUCAUUCGGUUGAAGAAGAAAGGAGAAAUGGUAAAGAAAUCGAAAGAGAUGUUGUGAACUGGUUAGAUAUGGUGAAUGAGGUCAUUGAAAAGGCGAAUCAGCUUCAAAGAGAUCCUCGUCGUGCAAAUGUUAGGUGCUCAACAUGGUCGUUCCCCAAUUUGAUUUUGUGUCAUGAACUAAGUAGGAAAGCCACAAAAGUUGCAAAAGAUAUUGUUCAAGUUCAAGGAAAAGGGAUGUUUGAUCGAGUUGGUUACCUUCCGACACUAGAAGGAGUAGCCUCCUCCUCGUCAACAAGAGGCGGUGAAAAUUAUGAGACAAGGAAGUCAUUUAAGGAGGACAUUUUGAAGGCUUUAACAGACCUUAAUUCAUGUAACAUUGGGGUCUAUGGGUUAGGUGGCGUGGGCAAGACCACUAUGGUGGAGGAAGUUGCUAAAACAGCCAUUCAAAAUAAGUUGUUCGAUAAAGUGGUUAUAACACAUGUAUCCAAACAUCAAGACUUUAAAACAAUUCAAGGGGAGAUUGCAGAUUUGCUGAGUUUGCAAUUCGUUGAGGAGACUAUUGCUGGAAGAGCACAUCGCCUAAGACAGAGAAUCAAGAUGGAGAAAAGUAUCAUUGUCAUUCUAGAUGAUAUAUGGAGCAUACUUGAUUUGAAGAAAGUGGGAAUUCCAUUUGGUAAAGAACAUAAUGGUUGCAAAUUGUUGAUGACAUCUAGAAAUCAAGAUGUGUUGCUGCAAAUGGAUGUUCCAAAGGAUUUCACUUUCAAACUUGAACUUAUGAGAGAAAAUGAGACAUGGAGCUUGUUUCAAUUUAUGGCUGGGGAUGUGGUUAAAGAUAACAAUGUGAAAGAUGUAGCAAUUCAAGUUGCCCAAAAAUGUGCAGGUUUGCCACUAAGGGUGGUGACAAUAGCGCGUGCAAUGAAAAAUAAGUGGGAUGUCCAAUCAUGGAAAGAUGCAUUAAGGAAAUUACAAAGUAAUGAUCAUACUGAAAUGGACAAAUUAACUAAUUCUGCUUUGGAAUUGAGUUACAACGCAUUGGAGAGUAAUGAAACGAGGGAUCUCUUCUUGCUUUUUGCAUUACUGCCAAUCAAAGAGAUAGAGUAUGUUCUGAAAGUUGCAGUAGGUUUGGACAUUUUAAAGCAUAUUAAUACCAUGGAUGAUGCAAGAAACAAACUUUACACAAUAAUCAAAUCUUUGGAGGCGACUUGUCUUUUGCUUGAAGUUAAAACAAGUAGAUGUAUCCAAAUGCAUGAUUUUGUUCGUAAUUUUUGUAUCUCCAAAGCUCAUACGAAAAAACGUAUGUUUCUAAGAAAACCACAAGAGGAAUGGUCAACCAAGGAUUUUUUAGAAAGGUGCACGCAAAUUGUUCUAUUUAGGUGUCCUAUGAAUGGGCUCCCUCAAACGAUUGAUUGUCCAAACAUUAAGCUUUUCUUUUUGUUAAGUGAAAAUCGUUCUUUAGAAAUCCCCGAUACUUUUUUCGAGGGUAUGAGAAGCCUUAAAGUUCUAGAUUUAAUGAACUUCAACUUGCCUUCAUUACCCAGUUCCUUUCAGUUCCUAACCGAACUUCAAACGUUGUGUUUAAAUCUUUGCAUUUUGGAAAAUAUAGAUGCAAUAGAAGCUUUACAAAAUUUAAAAAUUCUUGACCUCUCUAGUUCUUCAAUUAUCAAGUUGCCAAGCGAGAUAGGGAGAUUGACUAAAUUGAGGAUGCUUGAUUUGAGCAAUUCAGGAAUAGAAGUAGUUCCACCCAACAUCAUAUCAAGUUUGACCAAAUUGGAAGAGUUGUACAUGGGAAAUACCUCUUUUAAUUGGGAAGAUGUGAAUCCAACAGGUCAAAGUGAAAAUGCUAGCAUUGUCGAGCUUCAAAAACUACCCAACUUGAUAGCGCUAGAGUUACAAAUACGCAAGACUUGGAUGUUGCCAAGGGACUUGCAAUUGAUGUUUGAGAAGCUAGAAAGAUAUAAAAUAGCUAUUGGAGAUGUAUGGGAAUGGUCUCAGAUCGAGGAUGGAACUUCAAAAACAUUGAUGCUUAAACUUGGUACCAACAUACAUUUGGAGCACGGAAUUAAGGCAUUGGUUAAAGGUGUUGAGAAUUUGUACCUGGAUGAAGUAGAUGGAAUUCAAAAUGUGCUUUAUCAACUAAAUGGAGUGGGAUUUCCACUGCUGAAGCAUCUCCACAUCCAAAAUAAUGUAAACAUGAAGCACAUUGUUGACUCUAAAGAGAGGAAUCAAUUCCAUGUGUCAUUUCCCAUCUUGGAAACACUAGUACUACAUAAUCUUAAAAAUUUGGAGCAUAUAUGUGAUGGUCCACUUUUAAUUACUUCUUUUGAAAAUCUUAGUGCUAUCAAAGUAAAAAAAUGCUCCCAGUUAAAAUAUCUUUUCUCCUUUACAAUGGCUAAAGGACUUUCCCACCUUUCUAAUAUCGAAGUUUGUGACUGCAAUUCUAUGAAGGAGAUAGUGCUCAAAGACAACAAUUUAAGUGCAAAUAAUGAUGAAAAAAUUGAGUUUCUUCAAUUGCGAUCUUUGACUUUAGAACAUUUGGAGACACUUGAUAAUUUCUUCUCUUAUUAUUUGACGCAUUCCGGAAACAUGCAAAAGUAUCAAGGUUUAGAGCCUUAUGUUUCUACACCAUUUUUCGGUGCUCAGGUUGCAUUUUGUAAUUUAGAGACCCUUAAAUUGAGCUCACUCCGCAAUUUGAAUAAAAUUUGGGAUGACAGUCAUUAUUCUAUGUACAACUUGACUACCUUGAUUGUGGAGAAGUGUGGUGCGUUGAAGUACUUAUUCUCGUCUACUGUGGUUGGAAGUUUUAAGAACCUUCAACACCUUGAAAUUAGUAAUUGUCCGUUGAUGGAAGAGAUAAUUGCUAAAGAAGAGAUAAGCGAUGCAUUGAAAGAGGAUAAUUUUUUCAAAUUGGAGAAAAUCAUACUGAAGGACAUGGAUAACUUGAAGACAAUUUGGUACCGUCAAUUUGAAACAGUGAAGAUGUUGGAAGUGAACAAUUGUAAGCAAAUUGUGGUGGUUUUUCCUUCUUCAAUGCAAAAAACAUAUAAUAUGUUAGAGAUUUUGGUGGUUACAAAUUGUGCUUUUGUGGAAGAGAUAUUUGAAUUGACUUUCAAUGGAAAUACCAGUGUAGAGGAUACAUCACAAUUGAAAGAAUUUACAAUAGGUGAAUUGCCGAAACUGAAAAAGAUAUGGAGUAGGGAUCCUCAAGGAAUUCCAAAUUUUGGAAAUCUAAUACAUGUAGAACUAAAUAAUUGUUCAAGAUUGGAGUAUCUAUUACCACUUUCUAUAGCAACUCGUUGUUCCCAUCUCAAGGAACUUGGUAUAAAAAACUGUGCGAGCAUGAAGGAAAUUGUUGCAAAAGAGAAAGAAAAUAGUGUGUUUGCGGAUCCGAUAUUUGAGUUUAAUAAACUAAGUAGAUUAAUGUUUUAUAACUUAGGUAAACUCAAAGGUUUCUAUGCUGGAAAUUAUACUCUAGUAUGUCCAUCUUUGAGGGACAUUCAUGUUUUCAAUUGUGCAAAGUUGAAUGUGUAUAGAACUCUAUCUACAAGCAGCUCCAAAAGUAAUCAUCAAGAUGGCAAACUCUUAGAUUUAAUACAGCAGCCACUUUUCAUUGUCGAAGAGGUGAUUCCAAACUUGAAGGAGUUGGGAAUAGACCAAAAGGAGGCUAACAUAAUAUUGCAAGCCCAAAACUCAAAUGCCCUGUUCAGCAAAAUGACACUUCUUGUUUUGUCUGAUUUUAAGAAUGAAGAGGCUACAUUUCCUUAUUGGUUUCUUCAAAAUGUGCGUACUCUUGAGGUACUAUCUGUUGAAUGUAGUUGUUUCAAGAAGAUAUUUCAAGAUGAGGAACAAAUAAGCGAGGAAACUCAUACAAAGAUCAAAGCAUUGGUGUUGACCAAGUUACCUAAACUUCAACAGUUAUGUAAGGAGGGAUCUCGAAUUGACCCAGUUCUUGAGUUCCUUGAAGAGUUCAUAGUUAAUGGCUGUUCUAGUCUAACAAAUUUGUUUCCUUCCUCUGUCACCCUUAAUAAUCUGGAAUAUUUGAAGAUUGAAAAUUGCAAUGGGCUAAAAUAUUUAAUUACAUCUUUUACGGCACGAAGUUUGGAUAAGCUCACAACAUUGGAAGUAAAAGAUUGCAAUUCACUUGAAGAAGUAAUUAAGGGAGAAGAAAAUGUUGGCAUUACAUUUAUUACUUUAGAAACAUUGAAGCUGGAAUGUUUGCCAAGCCUCAACAAAUUUUGCUCUAGUAAUGGCUUCUUGAAGUUUCCAUUGUUGAAGGAAGUAAUUGUACGGGAAUGUCCUCGCAUGAAGAAAUUUUCAGAGGGAAAUAUAAGUACACCGAUUCUUCGAAAAAUUAAAAUUGCUGAAAAUGAUGAAGAAUGGCAUUGGAAGGAAAACCUAAAUGAUACAAUAAACAACAUGUUUGAGGAUAAGGUUGCAUUUGGUUAUUUCAAGCAUUUAAAACUAUCUGAGUAUCCUGAGUUAAAAGAAUCAUGGUAUGGUAAACUUGAGCAUAAUGUAUUUAGGAGUUUGAAGUAUCUAGUGGUUCAUAACUGUGAUUUUUUAUCGGAAGUGCUCUUUCAACCAAAUUUACUAGAAGUGCUAACAAACUUGGAAGAAUUAGAUAUCAAAGAUUGUAAUUCAUUAGAAGCAGUUUUUGAUUUGAAAGAUGAAUUUGCAAAAGAAAUUGUUGUGAAGAAUUCUAGUCAAUUGAAGAAACUAAAACUAUCUAAUGUUCCAAAACUGAAGCAUGUAUGGAAGGAGGAUCCACAUGACACUAUGAGGUUUCAAAAUUUAAGUGAAGUGUCAGUUGAGGAAUGCACAAGUUUGAUUAGUAUCUUUCCGCUCACAGUAGCUAGAGAUAUGAUGCAACUUCAAAGUCUUCGAGUAAGUAACUGUGGGAUUGAAGAAAUUGUUGCCAAGGAAGAAGGAACAAAUGAGAUAGUAAACUUUGUGUUUUCUCAUUUAACAUUCAUUAGACUUGAACUUUUACCUAAGCUGAAGGCAUUCUUUGUUGGUGUUCAUUCACUUCAAUGUAAAUCGUUGAAAACAAUUUACUUGUUUGGAUGUCCAAAAAUAGAGCUAUUUAAGACAGAGCUAAGACACCAAGAAAGUUCCAGAAGUGAUGUGCUCAAUAUCUCAACGUAUCAACCUCUUUUUGUGAUUGAAGAGGUACUUACCAAUGUCGAGAGGUUGGCCUUGAAUAACAAAGACCUUGGCAUAUUGCAGAGCCAAUAUUCAGGGGUUCAAUUCAAUAAUGUCAAACACAUUGAUGUGUGCCAAUUCUACACUGAAGAAGAUGCUUUUCCAUACUGGUUCUUGAAAAAUGUUCCUAGUUUAGAAAGCUUGUUAGUACAGUGGAGUAUCUUCACGGAGAUAUUUCAAGGCGAACAACUCAUAAGUACAGAAAAGGAAACUCAAAUUAGCCCGCGACUCAAACUGUUGAAAUUAUGGCAGUUGCACAAGCUUCAAUAUAUAUGCAAAGAAGGGUUUAAAAUGGACCCCAUUCUACAUUUUAUUGAAAUCAUUAUUGUUCAUCAGUGUUCCAGUCUAAUAAAGUUGGUUCCAUCAUCUGUUACCUUUACUUACCUGACCUAUUUGGAGGUGGCAAACUGCAAUGGGUUGAUAAAUUUGAUAACAUACUCAACAGCAAAGAGUCUUGUCAAACUCACAACAAUGAAGAUUAAAAUGUGUAAUUUGCUUGAGGAUAUAGUGAAUGGUAAAGAAGAUGAGACGGACGAAAUUGAAUUUCAAAGUUUACAAUUUCUAGAAUUAAAUUCUUUACCACGGCUUCAUCAACUUUGCUCAUGCCCAUGCCCUAUUAAGUUUCCAUUGCUAGAAGUUGUAGUUGUCAAAGAAUGUGCACGAAUGGAACUUUUUUCAUCUGGAGUGACCAACACACCAAAUCUUCAAAUUGUACAAAUUGAAGAAAGCAAUGAAGAAAAUGAUGAACAAAAUCACUGGGAGGGUGAUCUCAAUAGAUCGGUAAACAAGUUGUUUGAUGACAAGGUGGCCUUUGGUAGUUUCAAGCAUUUAAAACUAUCUGAGUAUCCUGAGUUAAAAGAAUUAUGGUAUGGUAAACUUGAGCAUAAUGUAUUUAGGAGUUUGAAGUGUCUAGUGGUUCAUAAGUGUGAGUUUUUAUCCGAGGUGCUUUUUCGACCAAAUUUGCUAGAAGUGCUAACAAACUUGGAAGAAUUAGAUAUCAAAGAUUGUAAUUCAUUAGAAGCAGUUUUUGAUUUGAAAGAUGAAUUUGCAAAAGAAAUUGUUGUGAAGAAUUCUAGUCAAUUGAAGAAACUAAAACUAUCUAAUGUUCCAAAACUGAAGCAUGUAUGGAAGGAGGAUCCACGUGACACUAUGAGGUUUCAAAAUUUAAGUGAAGUAUCAGUUGAGGAAUGCACAAGUUUGAUUAGUAUCUUUCCGCUCACAGUAGCUAGAGAUAUGAUGCAACUUCAAAGUCUUCGAGUAAGUAACUGUGGGAUUGAAGAAAUUGUUGCCAAGGAAGAAGGAACAAAUGAGAUAGUAAACUUUGUGUUUUCUCAUUUAACAUUCAUUAGACUUGAACUUUUACCUAAGCUGAAGGCAUUCUUUGUUGGUGUUCAUUCACUUCAAUGUAAAUCGUUGAAAACAAUUUACUUGUUUGGAUGUCCAAAAAUAGAGCUAUUUAAGACAGAGCUAAGACACCAAGAAAGUUCCAGAAGUGAAGUGCUCAAUAUCUCAACGUAUCAACCUCUUUUUGUGAUUGAAGAGGUACUUACCAAUGUCGAGAGGUUGGCCUUGAAUAACAAAGACUUUGGCAUAUUGCAGAGCCAAUAUUCAGGGGUUCAAUUCAAUAAUGUCAAACACAUUGAUGUGUGCGAAUUCUACACUGAAGAAGCUACUUUUCCAUACUGGUUCUUGAAAAAUGUUCCUAGUUUAGAAAGCUUGUUAGUCCAAUGGAGUCUAUUCACGGAGAUAUUUCAAGGCGAACAACUCAUAAGUACGGAAAAGGAAACUCAAAUUAGCCCGCGACUUAAACAGCUGGAGUUAGGGCAGUUGCACAGGCUUCAAUAUAUAUGCAAAGAAGGGUUUAAAAUGGACCCCAUUCUACAUUUUAUUGAAAGCAUUAAUGUUAAUCACUGUUCCAGUCUAAUAAAGUUGGUUCCAUCAUCUGUUACCUUUACUUACCUGACCUAUUUGGAGGUGACAAGCUGCAAUGGGUUGAUAAAUUUGAUAACAUACUCAACAGCAAAGAGUCUUGUCAAACUCACAACAAUGAAGAUUAAAAUGUGUAAUUUGCUUGAGGAUAUAGUGAAUGGUAAAGAAGAUGAGACAAAAGAAAUUGAAUUUUGCAGUUUACAAUCUCUAGAACUAAUUUCUUUACCAAGGGUUUGUCGAUUCUGCUCAUGCCCAUGCCCAAUUACGUUUCCGUUGCUAGAAGUUGUAGUCGUCAAAGAAUGUCCUCGAAUGGAACUUCUUUCAUUGGGAGUGACCAACACACCAAAUCUUCAAAUUGUACAAAUUGAAGAAAGCAAUGAAGAAAAUCACUGGGAGGGUGAUCUCAAUAGAUCGGUAAAGAAGUUGUUUGAUGACAAGGUUGCAUUUCGUGAAUUCAAAUAUUUAGCCUUAUCUGACCACUCUGAACUAGAGGAUAUUUGGUAUGGCAGACUUGAUCACAAUGUGUUUUGCAAUUUGAAACAUCUAGUGGUGGAACGAUGUGACUUUUUAUCACAAGUACUUUUUCCAUCAAAUGUAGUGCAAGUGUUACAUGGAUUGGAGGAACUAGAAGUAAGAAAUUGUGAUUCAUUAGAAGUUGUGUUUGAUGUGAGAGAUUUGAAGACAAAAGAAAUACUGAUAAAACAAAGAACUCGAUUGAAAAGUUUGACUUUGUCCGGCUUACCAAACUUGAAACACAUAUGGAAUGAGGAUCCUUAUGAAAUUGUUAACUUUGAAAACUUGUGCAAAGUGAAAGUUUCCAUGUGUCAAAGCUUGUCAUAUAUCUUUCCAUUUUCACUAUGCCAAGAUCUUCGACUUCUAGAAAUUCUUGAGGUAGUAUCUUGCAGAGUUGAGGUAAUUAUUGCAAUGGAAGAAAGAUCAAUGGAAAGUAACUUUUGUUUUCCUCAACUGAAUACAUUGGUACUACGUCUUCUGUCAAACCUUAAGAGUUUCUAUCCAAGAAAAUAUACUCUAGAGUGUCCUUCAUUAAAGAUUUUGAAUGUAUAUCGUUGUCAAGCAUUAAAAAUGUUUUCCUUUAACCAUUUAGACUUUCAACAGCCUAACCCUGUGGAUGAAACUCGUGAUGUGCAAUUUCAACAAGCUCUAUUUUCUAUAAAAAAGUUGAGCCUCAACCUGAAGGAGUUGGCAAUAAAUGGCACAGAUGUGUUAGGGAUAUUGAAUCAAGAAAAUAUCUAUAAUGAAGUUCAAAUUCUUCGUUUGCAAUGCUUGGAUGAAACUCCAGCUACUUUUCUGAAUGAAUAUGCUCAAAGAGUAUUUCCAAAUCUUGAAACAUUUCAAGUGCGUAAUAGUUCAUUUGAAACACUAUUCCCCAACCCUGGUGAUCUCAAUUUGCAAACUUCAAAGCAAAUAAGAAACUUGUGGCUUUUUGAAUUGGAAAAUCUCAAGCACAUCUGGCAGGAAGUCUUCCCAUUGGAUCAUCCUAUGUUACAAUAUCUGGAAGACUUAUCUGUACGGAAUUGCCCAUGUUUGAUAAGCUUGGUACCAUCAUCAACAUCUUUCACAAAUUUAAUCAAUUUGACAGUGGACAAUUGCAAAGAGAUGAUUUAUUUGAUAACAUCUUCAACUGCUAAAAGCUUAAUUCAACUCACAACAUUAAAAAUAAAGAAUUGUGAGAAGAUGUUGGAUGUUGUGAAGAUUGAUGAAGAAAAAGCAGAAGAAAACAUCAUAUUUGAAAACUUGGAAUACUUGAAAUUUAUUUCUUUAUCAAGUUUGAGAAGCUUCUGCUAUGAGAAACAAGCAUUCAUAUUCCCAUCUUUGCUACGUUUUGUCGUUAAAGGAUGUCCUCAAAUGAAGAUUUUCUCAUCAGGAGUCACUGUAGCACCAUAUCUGACAAGAAUUGAAACAGAUGAAGGAAAGAUGCGAUGGAAAGGUGAUCUUAAUACAACUAUUGAAGAAUUGUUCAUUGAAAAGGAAGUACCAGUCUGAUAUGUUGAACGAGACCGCCAUCAUAUGAUCAUACCCUCACAUUUGCUAAGAGGAACAUACUGCUGGAAUACUUGAACCAUGUAAUGAAAGUGGGUACUUUAGUGUUUGAGUUACUAUCAGAAGCUCUUGGUCUAAACCCAACCUAUUUAAUAGAUAUUGGUUGUGCUGAGGGCUUAUCUGCUUUU